GACGGGGAAAGCAGCACAGGGCGGAGAACACACGGGAAGGCAGACACUCCUCUGAACAAGACUUGCUUUCUCACAGGCCUUCUUCUCUCUCGCCAGAGUCAAUCCGACGGCAUGGACGCUAAGGGGUCAUUUCUCGCCAGCUUCUCUCUGCUGCUGCUGCUCUGCUUCCAGCACACCAGGGCCCACCCUGUGGACAGCCUCAGCCCUGCCAAGGAGCUAGCCAGCAUGGAGGAACUUCUGGAGAGGCUGGAGGAAAAAUUCUCCCUGAUGGAAGGUCUGCCGAGCAAUCCUGAGCUUGAGGAACUUGAAACCCAGAGAGGGAGAAUGGCAGAGCCCUCUGACAUCAGCGAAAACCAGCAGUCCGAGACCCAGGUGGAGUCGGGUCCUUUCCCCUCCGACAGAAGUUCCCUGCUCAAGAGGAUGAGAGGCCUCCAGGCUCCAAAAAACCUACAAGGAUCCGGCUGCUUUGGACGGAGGUUGGACAGGAUCGGGUCUGUGAGCGGCAUGGGAUGCAAAGGGGCCAGGAGGUAUUAAAAACGGGCCUUCCAUCACACCACCCUAAAAAGAAAAAAGGAUCCUAUCUUUUGACAGCAAGCAGAUUUCCGAAGAUACUUCUAGAAGCCCCUGGAAUGGAUGGGGAUGUUCUGCCUAUUUAUUUAUUUAUUAACUUAUUUAUUUGACCUCUUUUGUUGGUUGGUUUUUUUCUUCUUCUCCUUUUCUUUUUAAAAAAGAACCUUUCUUACUUUCCACACAGCGACCAUGCUUGAAAUAAAAACACGUUAGCUCCUU